AUGUUCUUGAGGGCUGAUAAUUGUGAAGGUGAGUACAAAUCAAAAGAAUACAUUGCUGAAAAGUUGAAGGGUAUAAUUGAAGAAGUAGGUCGACAAAAUGUAGUGCAAAUCAUUACAGACAAUGCUUCAAAUUGCAAAGGUGCUGGUCUCAUAAUAGAAUCUGAGUAUGAUAACAUAUUUUGGACACCAUGUGUUGUGCAUACCCUCAAUCUUGCUUUGAAAAGUAUAUGUGAACCUAAAAUACAAGACAACCCUUCUGAUGAAGAAAUGGUUGUUUGGAGGGAACUUGAAUUUAUGCAUGAUGUUAAAACUGAGGCUGCUCUGAUAAAGAAUUUCAUAAUGAAUCAUGGCAUGCGGCUUUCAAUGUUCAAUCAGUUCAGCCAUUUGAAGUUACUUUCUAUUGCUGAAACAAGAUUUGCCUCUGUUGUAUGUAUGUUGAAGCGGUUUGUUGAUGUAAAAACAGCCCUCCAACAAAUGGUGAUUAGUGACAGAUGGAGUGUGUACAGAGAAGUCAGAGAUGAUUCUCCAACUCCAACAGCCCAAAUUGUCAAGGACUUGAUACUUAGUGAUGUAUGGUUGGACAAGGUGGACUUCAUUCUUAGGAUUACUACUCCUAUAUAUGAAAUGAUUCGUAUAACAGAUACCGACACUCCAUGUCUUCACUUAGUUUAUGAGAUGUGGGAUUCAAUGAUAGAGAAAGUGAAGAAAGUUAUAUAUCGAUAUGAGGGCAAGCAAGAAGAUGAAUCAUCAGACUUGUACUCAGUUAUUUAUGACAUAUUGAUUGCUAGGUGGACAAAAGUAAAUAAUCCACUUCAUUGUUUAGCUCAUUCACUUAAUCCAAGAUACUAUAGCAAAAAGUGGCUUGAAGAAGGUGUUGGCCGUGAACCACCCCACAAGGAUAAAGAGGUAUCAAAAAUGAGGAUGGUUUGCUUUAAGAAGUUCUUUCCCAUGCUAGAAGAGUUGGCUAAAGUAAAAGAAGAGUACUCAAGAUUCUCUAGUUGUUCAGAAGAAUUUAAUGAUCCUGACUCAAUCCAUGAUAGAUGGGCUGUUUCCCCUAUGACUUGGUGGACAAAUCAUGGACAAUCUGCUCUCUUAUUGAUGAGUUUGGCCAUGAAAUUGCUUAGCCAACCAGCCUCAUCUUCUUGCUGUGAAAGAAACUGGAGCACCUAUAGCUUUGUCCAUAGUGUCAAGAGAAAUGCCUUAACUCCAGAGCAUGCAGAAGAUUUGGUCUUUGUGCACUCAAAUCUAAGGCAUCUGUCAAGAAGAACUGAAGCAUACAAGUCAGGAGAGACAAGGAUGUUGGAUGUAGGAGGGGAUUCUUUUGAUUCACUUGGUGGUAUUGGCAUUCUUGAAGUGGCUGACCUGUCCCUUGAUGAACCUGAAUUGCAAGCUGUGACUUUUGGUUUGGAUGCUCAGGAGGUUGAUGUUGUGGAAGACAAUGAGACAAAUUAGGAAUAGGAACUUGCUGCUGCAUGA